AUGUUAAGAUGUAGAUUUAAAUAUGGUAUCCUCGUGCCGAGGAUCAAUAAUUGUUCGCGUACCUAUGUUACAUCAUCCCAGAGGACCAGAAGUGAAGCAUUCCGUGUAACAAAAAGGCGACUGGCGACAUCAGAAUCACUGCGUCAUGAAGCAACGGAUGUCGGUCCCCAAGAUUCUGGUGAUGUAGUUGAUGUCGUAUAUAUUGACCGAUCAGGGGAAAGAGUUCCCGUGAAGGCUAAAGUCGGGGACAAUGCACUCUCCCUUGCACAUAAGCAUGGCAUUGAGUUGGAAGGUGCAUGUGAGGCGUCACUUGCUUGUUCCACUUGCCAUGUGUAUGUAAGCAAAGACCACUUUGAGAAGCUACCAACGCCAGACGAAAGGGAGGACGAUAUGCUGGACAUGGCUCCGAUGCUUCAGGAGAACUCUCGUCUGGGCUGCCAGGUUGUCUUCACACCUGAGCUGGAUGGCAUUGAGCUCACUUUACCCAAGAUCACUCGCAACUUUUAUGUAGAUGGUCAUGUCCCCACCCCUCACUAAGGGCAGCACACCACAGGUAACAGAGAUGGGGGGGUAACAGGAAUGUCACAUUCAUAUCCAGAAUCCAGUCCAAUCCUAAAUCUUUUUUAGAUGAAUUACCGUACUAAAAUAAAAUCCAGAUAACUAACUGAAUGCAGCCAAAAAUCAUAACAGCAAGUAAGCAGAGUAGGCUAUUGUGUGGUUUCCAGUGGCCUUCUUAUGAUCACACCCCAUUAUGAAUCACUCACGAAUAUUUAA